CGGUCUCUCUUUCCUCUCUCUCUUUCUCUCUCUCUAAAAUUUCAUUUCUUGAGAUCCAAGGGAAAAGGAGAAAAAUCGGAAAAUAUGAGCAGCAUCGGCACUGGUUAUGAUCUUUCAGUGACCACUUUUUCACCAGAUGGUCGCGUUUUUCAAAUUGAAUAUGCUGCUAAAGCAGUUGAUAAUAGCGGGACUGUUAUUGGAAUUAAAUGCAAGGAUGGCAUUGUUCUGGGUGUCGAGAAACUUGUAGCUUCGAAGAUGAUGUUGGCGGGUUCCAAUCGAAGAAUUCAUUCAGUUCAUCGACAUUCUGGCAUGGCUGUUGCUGGUUUAGCUGCAGAUGGCAGGCAAAUUGUUGCACGUGCCAAAUCCGAAGCAAUCAACUACGAAAGUGUUUAUGGUGAGCCGAUCCCCGUAAAGGAACUUGCUGAGCGUGUUGCUAGCUAUGUACAUCUUUGCACACUAUAUUGGUGGUUAAGACCUUUUGGUUGUGGAGUUAUUCUUGGAGGUUAUGACAGAGAAGGACCACAGCUAUACAUGGUUGAACCUUCCGGAGUUUCCUAUAGGUACUUUGGGGCCGCAAUUGGGAAAGGCAGACAGGGUGCUAAAACUGAGAUUGAGAAGCUGAAGCUAUCUGAAAUGAGCUGCAGGGAAGGUGUUAUUGAAGUUGCAAAGAUAAUCUAUGGAGUACAUGAUGAGGCAAAGGACAAGGCCUUUGAAUUGGAGAUGAGCUGGAUCUGUGAUGAGUCCAACCGCCAGCACCAGAAGAUUCCUGAUGAUUUAUUGGAGGCAGCAAAGGCGGCUGCCAAGGCAGCACAAGACGAAAUGGAUGCUGAUUAAUUGCAUUGAUUUCAUUUCCUUUAAUUUUUGUUUUAAGUCGGAAUUUUCAGCUUUGUUCAAUGUCUCUUGUGAGGAUUUUAUAGUUCUUCAGAGAUUGGAGAAAAGAAAAAAAAGAAAUAUUGUGGACAAUGGGGAAGUAGAUAUUUAUGAAAAGAAUUGAGAAAAUGGCUAUGAAUUUAGUCCUUUGUGUUUAA